AGGAAGGAAGGAAAGAUGUUACAGCCAACGUUACAACGAUCCUGGAAAAAGUGGCCUAUGACUAUUUUUCACACUUACGACCACAGCAGCGUCCUCGUGGGCAGACGAUUCCUCCUCGGAGAGUUGUAGCGGGAACGGCUCCUCCACCUUGAACCCUUCCACCUCCAGCAGCACUCAGGGCGAUGCCACCUACACCGAGGUGAACGGCAAUGGAGCGGGCGCCCCCAUGGAUUUCAGUGCCUCGUCGGAGGACCAGCCCAUCAACCUCUGCGACAAGUUGGCCCCCGCUCACGUCGCCAAUGCCUACCAGUCGGACAGCUGCAGCGCCGACGGCCUGCGCAGCCGGACGAAGUACGGAGCCAAAAGCACAACAGAGUCCCCUCCCUACAGCUCCGGCAGCUAUGACUCGGUCAAGACGGAAGUCAGCGGAUGUCCCGAGGACCUGACCGUGGGCAGAGCUCCCACCGCCGACGAUGACGACGAUGACCACGAUGACCACGAGGACAACGACAAGAUGAACGACUCGGAGGGCAUGGAUCCCGAGCGGCUAAAGGCUUUCAAUAUGUUUGUGCGUCUCUUCGUGGACGAGAACCUGGACCGGAUGGUGCCCAUCUCCAAGCAGCCCAAAGAGAAGAUCCAGGCCAUCAUCGAAUCCUGCAGCCGGCAAUUCCCGGAGUUCCAGGAACGCGCUCGCAAACGCAUCCGCACUUACCUCAAAUCUUGCCGUCGCAUGAAGAAGAACGGCAUGGAAAUGACCAGGCCGACCCCUCCUCACCUGACCUCAGCCAUGGCCGAGAACAUCCUGGCAGCUGCUUGUGAAAGUGAGACGCGGAAAGCAGCCAAGCGGAUGCGGCUCGAGAUCUAUCAGACGUCACAGGACGAACCAGUCACACUAGAGAAGCAGCAGUCCCGGGAUUCGUCCACCUCCGUCACGCAUUCCUCCUACUCACUGCCAGCCUCGUCCUUCUCCCAGGACCCCGUCUACAUCAACGGGAGCCUGAACUACAGCUACCGCAGCUAUGGGACGCUGGGGGGCACUUUGCAGCCGACUCCUUCACUCCAGACAGGAAAUCACAGUAACGGCCCCACUGACCUCAGCAUGAAAAGCGGCACAUCCAGCACCACCCCCCCAGCCAACAGCACGAACCGGGGGGUGCCAGCCGCCCAGCUCAGCCCAACCGAGAUCAGCGCCGUCCGGCAGCUGAUUGCCGGCUACCGGGAGUCCGCAGCCUUUCUCCUCCGCUCGGCAGACGAACUGGAAAACCUCAUUUUACAGCAGAACUGACUGCUGGCCUCCCUGGGGCUCCUGUGCCGGAAGAGACUGACGUCCACCAGGCUUUCUUGAUAAAUCUGCUCAGGACUGGCCGAUCCUCUGCCUAUCAACGCCCGCCCACCCAUCCACCCACCCACCCCGGCACAGGUUGGAGACCCCUCCACCCCACCCCACCCCCGGGAGCCCUUCUGCCUUUGAAAGCCGACCAAGCCGGUGCUCUCUGCCAACCGGAGCCAGCCUCGCAGCCUGGAGAGAUGGGGACCACGGUGGGUUUGGGGGAGCAGAGGGUGGGUCGGCCUGGCAGAGCGCUUCUGGCAGAGUCAGGGUUUUCUCGCGGAGCCCGGCAACGGUAGAGCCCUCUUCCCCCGCUCUCUUUCUAUUCCCCCGUCCCUUCCUUCCGUCUUAGGAAUUGCAUAUUUAUUGAGAAAUGCACCCGUCCCUCCAGCCCCUCGUUUUUUCUCCUCCCCCCCACCCAUAAUUUAUUUUUUUUCUAAAAAAAAAAAAGAAAAAAAGCAUUCUUGAGUUUGUACAGAAUUGCCAUUAUUUUUUGUGUGUGUCUCUCUCCGUGAGGGAAAGGGGGUUUGAUUCCUGUACCAUCGUCACCGGCCGUCCCGCCGGAGGGACCAGCCAGGCUCGGAAGCCAGUGGGAAAAGCGGUCUCUGCUUUCAGAUUUUUUGUUGUUUCCCCGCCCCCCUCCUUUGGGCCACUCGAUCCCCACUUUUGCCUGGUUGGUGGGGGCCACGCCGGGGCCCGAAGCCUGUCUUGUCGGAAUUGCAGGACUCAUUUUAGGGCCAAAGCUCCAUUGCAGCAGCCUUCUUCCUCCUCCUCCACACUCUACCUCACUCCUGGGUGCUCCCUGCUGGCCCCGGCUCUCUUUCAAGGGGCCCCAAAGGGGCCCCUGGCUGCAAGCCUUGCGAGAGACCGGCAAAGCACCCCAAAAACGGAAAGCGUGUGGACAGGGGCAAUCGGGGGCCCCAUUUGAGUCAUGCUGGCAAGGUUUGCAAAAGCAGAGGCCUCGGAGCCUGAUUUUUUGGGAGGUGUGUGAGUGCAACGGGUUUGAGCCCCCCUUUUUUUUCUCCUCCUCCUCCUCCUCCUCCAACCUCCCCCCUUGCAAAUGCAAAUGCACUUGCUGUUUUGCUCAGUGCAAUAUUGACCGUGCUGCUAUAUAUAACACGAAGGGACGGAGGAGCAAAAAAAAUAAAAAAUAAAAAAGGCAGCAACCAACCAGAAUUCGUUCGGGGAAGAGACCCCCACUCCCUCCCCUCCCCACCGUGUCCCCAAAGGAAGGGCCACCACUGCGAGGUUGGGCCGAGGGCACUAACCUUGGAUACUUGGCUUAACGGGAAGCUAGAGAGCAUCUUUUCAACGUAGGUUUCUCGUAAGCCAGGGGCAUCCAAGUUUGGCCAUGUUAAGCCUGGCGGACUUGGAUUCCCAGAAUUCCCCAGCCGGCCCUACCGGCUGGGGAAUUCUGGGAGUCGAAGUUCGCCAGGCUUAACAUGGCCGAGCUUGGACACUCCUAUUCUAAGCCCAUCUACCUUCUUCCCUCUGGUGCUCCAGAGCCAGGCUGGGAUUUGAACCUGGGACCACCUGCUCCUGGAGGCUUUGGAGACAGAGGAGUAGGGGCCAGCCUCUCUCGCCCUCCUCCCAGCUGUCCCUAAACCGAAAGGGGGGUGUCUACCAGGGGGAGGACAAGGAUCCAUGUCUUUGCUAGCAAUCCUAUCCGUUCCCCCUUGAUGCGACCCUCCUCCAGCCCCCCCUCCCCAUCCCGAAGGUCCCACCCGACUUUGUGUAAAUAGUUACUCGUGCCAGGUCUGACCACCCUCGUGCAAACCCCUUAGGGUGUGUAACAGCGGCAGAGACAAUCGCCGUCCGGAAACACGUGAAGGUUCCCUUCCCCGUCUGCAACUCGGGGGG